UGCAGUUCAGCAGACACACGACUCGCAGGGAUGAAAGAAUACGGUCCUCUGGUCAGCAGAGCCCUGCGCAGAAAGGUUGCGGCCUGCCUGUUUCCUUAAAGGAGGUGGCUGUUCAAUUCACCAAGGAGGAGGAAAAGGAAGAAAGAGAGUGGACUCUGUUGAGUCCAGGCCAAAGAACCCUCUGUACAGGGGAGUCAUGCUGAAGAAUGAUGGGGAUGUGGAGUCUCUAGAAGGACCUCUGAUUCCACGGCCACACCUCAUCUCCUGGUUGAAAGAAGUAGAGGAGCAAUUUGUCCGGGACGGAUCUGCAGGCAGGGGACAAACGUCACUGGCGCCUUCCGGAUCCUUUCCUCCUUGUGGCGAAGUGGAAAGAGCUGCUUCGCACCCAGCGCAGGGUCUGGUGUCCUUUGAGGAGGUGGCUGUGUUUUUCACGGAGGAGGAGUGGGCGCUGCUGGAUCCUGGCCAAAGAGCUCUGCACAAGGAAGUCAUGCUGGAAAACUACCAGAACGUGGCCUCUCUGGAAGGGCCUCUGGUGCCCAAAUCUGAUCUCGUCUCCUUGCUUGAAGAAAAAGAAGACCUGUGUGGCCAGGAGACCUUGACAGCUGGGGAUGUUUGGGAGACGGAUAGCGAAAGCAAAGCUCCUCCAGCGUCCGAGGAAAGCAAGAAUGGCCCAGAGACCGAUGUUGGGCCUCAAGGGGCAGCGAAGGAGCAGGAAGGAAAUAAAAACAAGGAGAAGAAGACGAAACCCGCUGCUCUCUUGGAUAGCGACUGCUAUGAAGUUCCGGUCCACCCCAAAACUCGUAGGAGGCAGAGGAAGAAAGAGUGCCCCGCCUGUGGGAAAAGAUUUGCUCGUAAUUCAACACUCAACGGCUACACAAAAAGCCGAAUAGGAGAGAUACCAUGUCUGGAGUGUGGGAGCAGGCUCAGGUGGACAAGAGAGGAGACCCAGAAAAUGCUCUGCAUAAUAGCGCACAGCCCCGGCAUAAAGGUGUUCAUGAGCAGCAGCUCGGCUACCAACGAAAGAUACUGGAGAGCCUUGCAGAUCGAUAUGCUCGCCGAAGGAUACGUCCGGUCCACCUGCCAGCUGCGUGCCAAAUGGAAGCGCCUGAAGAUCGACUUCUUCAACCAGGGCUUAAAGGCGGCCGACGGGGACGUCCGGGUGAGACACCCCCCUCCCUUCUAUAAAGAAGUGACUUCCAUCUGGCUUGCAGCUGGAAAGCCCCCUUUCGGGGAACGGAAAAAGCCUGUGGUGGAUGUGUGGGAGACGGACAAUGAAAGCAAUUCCACAAAUGGGGAGCCGCCGUUCAGAAGACCCUGUCACUGGGCAGCGCCAGCCGGGCAGCAGCCAGAAGCAGCCCCACCAGCAAGACCUCCCUUACCAACUGUAGGCUCUGAGAUCAGUGAUACCCAGAGAGUCGCUCCUUUGGGAGGGGAUGUCUGGGAGACAGACAACGAAACCAAAGCACACCCUGUGUUUGGGGAAGGCAAUAAGUGUCCCGACACAGAGGAUGACGCGCGGAAUCAGGAUGGGAUGAAGAAACAGGAGGGAAGUAAAAACAGUGAGAGGAGUCACGAGCCCCUUUCGUGCCCGGACGGCAACUUAUGUGAAAUUGCAGCACAGUUACGAGCCCAAAGCAACCUUCGGAGAGAUGGAAGGAAAGAGUGCCCUGCAUGUGGGAAAAGGUGGACCAGAGAUGAGACCCAAAAGAUGCUCUCUAUAAUAGCUCAGAGCGCCGGCACCAAGGUGUUUAUGAGCAGUAGCACGGCUACCAACGAGAAGUACUGGAAGUCCUUGCAGGACAGCAUGCAUGCCCUGGGAUACUCGAGAUCCACCUGCCAGCUCCGUGCAAAGUGGAAGCGCCUGAAGAUCGACUUCUUCAAUCGGGGAAUCAAGGCAGCCUGUGGACAAAUUCGAGUCAAGCAUCCUCCUGCCUUCUACAAGGAAUUAACUGCGAUCUGGAUCGCGGCAGGGAAGCCGCCUUUCGGGGAACGCAGAAAGCCUGUGGUGGAUGUGUGCGAGACGGACAACGAAAGCAAUUCCACAAAUGGGGAGCUACCCCCAAUAAGGCCCUGCGACAGGCCAGCGACCACGAAGCAGCAGCCCAAAGAGGCACCAGCCACCAGGCUUCCCCUGCGGAUCGUGGGACCCGAGGUGGUUGAUAGUGGCGGAGUCGCUCCUUUAGGAGGGGAUGUUUGGGAGACGGACAACGAAUGCCAAGCCCAUCCGGUGUACGAGGACUGCGCUAGCUGCCCACACACGGAAGAGGACGACUGGGAUCAAGACGAAACGAAGAAGCGGGAGGGAACCAGAAGCAACGAGAGUUCUGCUCAUGUGUGUGGCACCUUCUCCGGAGUCGCAGGCCGCUCGCGAGACCAAACACCGCCAAACCCGGAGGAAGGGGAAGAGUGUCCUGCCUGCUGGAAAAGAUGGAGCGGAGACGAAACCCAAAAGAUGCUCUCUAUAAUCGCCCGUAGCCCCGGCAUCAAGGCGUUUAUGAGCAGCAGCAGCAGCACGGCUGUGGACGAGAAGCACUGGAAAGCCCUGCAGGAUGAAAUGCUCUCUCUGGGAUUCUCCAGAUCCAGCUGCCAGCUCCGCAACAAGUGGAAGCGCCUGAAGAUUGACUUUUUCAGUGAGGGCAUCGAGGCGGCCUGCGGACAGGUCAGAGUCAAGAGCCCUCCUCCCUUCUACAAGGAAGUGACUUCGAUCUGGAUUGCAGCUGGGAAACCACCUUUUGGGGAGCACAGAAAGCCCGCGGUGGAUGCGUCGGAGACCGACAACGAUUCCACAAAUGGGGAGCCACCACCGAUAAGGCCCUGCCACAAGCCAGCAGCCGCCGGGCAGCAGCCAGAAGGGGCACCGCCAACCGGGCCUCCCCUGCCAGUUGUAGGGCCCAAGGUGGUCGAUACUGGCAGAGUUGCGCCUUUAGUUGAAGUUGCAAGGAGGGUGACCAGAUGCAGAGAAGAGAACGAAGGAUGGGAGCAGGACGAGCCAAUGACCCCAUCUUCUGAAGAGGAACCUCAAGGAACUCCUCCUUCUCCUACCUUCCACCACCAGCAAGCCCCUUCUCUUCCAGAAGAGCAGAUUGAGUUCAAAGAGAUAAAGGAGGAGGUGGAAGAUGCAGAUGAAUCUGUUUUGGGGUGCCCUCCUCAAGGACUUGCGGAAGCAUCUCGUAGCAGUGGUGGUCUUCUCACGACAACUGCAAGUAGCAGAUCAGCACCUGCCACAGAGAGGCAUGUGAAGCAGUGGUAUAUCAGCCAACAAUGCUCUACCUGUUCCUCAAUGAGUGGAGAAAUUGAGAAGCUGAAGAACGAGACAGAGGCAUUAAAGAACGAGACAGGAAAAUGGAAGGACGAGAUGCUGGAGGCGCUGCAACGGAUUGAAAAAAAGAUGGAUGCUGUCCUGUCUGCUGUGGCCCCUGGACCGCCCACCCAUGAGCACUGAUAGUAGAGCACUUGAUGAGCACAAAUAGAUUCCCUAGCAAUGAGGCAUAGUUCCCCCUGUAUUUACUAGGUCUUGAGAGUGUAAAUUGUCUUCUCAUUCAUGUUUGGAGUUCUGGGCUGGAGACUGGUGGGGAGGUUAGUUGCUGUGCAUAGAGUGAGCAUUUAUGUUUGGAAUUGUUAUCUGUGUAAGGUGCCGAUACCUUUCUGUGUUUUCUGUUGCUGCUUCCAAUCACCUUGUUUCAAAAUGCCUGUGCUAAUAAAAUACAUAUCAUUCCAGCCGUUCCACUGUG